AUGCCCUGCGCCGGCUCGCCGGGCGGGGCGAGCGAGGCCAUCCUCGAGUGUCCCGUGAGGAACUGGUGCGUCUGCGAGUGGGCCUUCUCUGGCUACAUCGCCAAGGCCGGGGGCUGUGCUACGCGGCGUCUUACAUAUCGACUCGCCUCGACGGCGUGGAGGGUGACGAGAGUCGACCUCGCGCCAUCGACGCGACUCACCGAUUAUCGACGCAGGCGAUGCCAUCAAGAACAUCAACUGCAAUGCGACAAACGCGCUCGCGGUGGCGCACUACGAGGACAAGGGCCCGGAGGCCGCCGACGCGCUCGCGUGCCUCGAGACGCGUUGCGGGCUCGACGCCAAGACGGCCGACGAGGCGUACAAGGAGUUCGACAAGAAGGAGCCCUGGGACGAGGUCCUUAGCUAA